AUGCAGCUUAAGACAACUCAGCGCAUUGAGCUGCCCGCCACGGCAGACAUGCACGUCCACUUGCGCCAGGGCGACAUGAUGAACUUGGUUGUGCCCACGGUUCGCCAGGGUGGUGUUGAUACCGUCUUUGUGAUGCCUAACUUGGCCCCUCCUCUGACUGCUGUCGACAAGGUCCUCGAGUACAAGGCCCAGCUGGAGGCUCUUGAGAAGAAUGUCCACUUCCAAAUGUCCCUCUUCCUUCACCCUCUUGUCACUCCCGAUGUCAUUGACCAGGCUGCCGCGGCUGGUAUCACUGGUGUCAAGCUCUACCCCCAAGGUGUGACCACCAACUCCGAGAAUGGCGUUGCCGACAUCACGGCUUUUUACCCUACUUUCGCUGCCAUGGAGAAGCACGAUAUUGUCCUCAACAUUCACGGUGAGGUCCUCGAGGCCCUUGCUCCUGAGGGUCUGAGCCUGGAGGAGGCUUUCCUGCCCACCCUCAAGACUCUGCACGAGCAGUUUCCCAACCUGCGCAUCAUUCUCGAGCACUGCACCACUUCGGCUGCCGUCGAGGCUGUCCGUGCCUGUGGCCCCAACGUUGGCGCCACCAUCACCGCCCACCACCUCUACCUCACCCACCACGAAGCUUGCUGCGACCCCUUUGCUUUCUGCAAGCCCAUCCCCAAGAAGCCCACCGACCGCGACGCCCUCGUCAAGGCCGCUGUCAGCGGCGAGACCAAGUUCUUCUUUGGCAGUGACAGUGCUCCCCAUCCUCUCGAGUCCAAGACUACCGCUGAGCAAGGCAAGACCCCUGCCGGUGUCUUCACCCAGCCCUACGUCACCCAGCUCGUCCUGCUUGCGCUUGAGGAGGCUGUCGAGCGCGGCGUCAUCACCGACGACGACAUCACCCAGGAGAAGCUCGAGGGCUUCCUGAGCCGCAAUGGCCGCCGCUUCUACAAGCUCCCCGAGACUGCGCCGGGCAAGAUUGUCCUGGAGCGCAAGGGCGAGAAGAUUGCCACCAGCAUCAAGAGCGAGACCGUCGAGGUUGGUAACUCGCGCGGCGGCGAUGAGGUGUUUACUCUGACCUGGGUUUGA